AUGAUUCAUUGACAUUUAAGGUUAGAGUUGAGUGUCGGAACUUUUUGUAAAUAAUUUUCUUUUCCAGACGUUUAUAGAAGCAAAUUGCGUUUUGUUUGUUUACGAUUGGAGAUUUACAUAACUGAAGAUUCGAUAGUUUUGAUGUUUUUAUUUCUAUUUUUCGUUGGUGUUUUUUGUGUUAACGCAAAUAAUUGCAAAGCUUGAAGAAAGAAAAAUGAGCGACGAAGAAAAAGUUAAUCAAAAGGUGGACGCCGAAAAGCCAACGCAAGAGGAAAAAGAUAAAGAUGAGACGGAUCAAUUGCAAUUGGUCGUGGAUUCGGAAUCAAACGAUGGUCCGACCAUUGCAAAAAUGGAGGAUGUUAUCACCAUUGAUCCGGAAUGCGAAGUGUUGGACUUAAAUCAUAGUCGAAUUGGUAAAAUUGAGCAUCUCGAGCAAUUGGUGAAGUUGGAACGCUUGUACUUGCGUUGGAAUUUAUUGAAGAAAAUCGAAAAUUUGGACUCACUCACGCGACUCGUUGAGCUCGAAUUGUACGAUAACCAAAUUACCGAUAUUGAAAACUUGGACCAGCUUGUGAACUUGGAAAUAUUGGAUCUCAGCUUUAAUCGAAUCACGGAAAUAAAAAACUUGGAUAAACUGGUGAAAGUGGAAAAGCUGUACCUGUGCGCCAACAAAAUCACCAAAAUUGAAAAUUUGGAAAAGAUGACCAACUUGACAAUGCUCGAACUGGGUGAUAACAGGAUUCGCAUAAUUGAAAAUCUGGAUACGCUAACCAAUCUGACGCAGUUGUACUUGGGAAAGAAUAAAAUUAAGAAAAUAGAGAAUUUGGAUAAGCUAGUGAACUUGGAACUUUUGUCAUUGCAAGCGAAUCGCAUUGUCAAAUUGGAAAACUUGGAUAAACUGGUGAAUUUGACCGAUUUAUACGUAUCAGAGAAUGGAAUUGAGAAGAUCGAAGGACUUGAACAGAAUAAAAAGUUGGAAACAUUCGACAUUGCCAAGAAUCGUAUAAAGAUCAUUGAGAAUGUUGAUCAUUUGGAAAACCUGGAAGAAUUUUGGGCCAACUCAAAUCAAAUCGCCGAUUGGAAAUGUGUGGACAAUUUGCGGAACAACAAAAAAUUGGCCACAAUAUACUUGGAACACAAUCCACUUGCAAAAGACGUCCAGUACCGCACAAAACUUAAACUAUCAUUGCCCACGCUCUGUAAAAUCGAUGCAACACUAUGCAAGUAAUUUAUUAUUGUAUCACCGUAUCCCUCUGCCGUUAUCAAACAAACACUUGGGUUAAGAUCAGCAGUAAUGGAGAUUAUCUCCCCCAAAAUAAUGAGAAAAAAUCCAUCAUUAAAUUGUCAUAACAAAGUGUAUUUCCUACUAAUGAGCAUCAAAAUAAACUAAAAAUCA